GAACUGUUAUCACCGCUUACACUUACGCCUAUACAUGGCAACAUGUGCUAUCAUCUCUCCUUUAAUCACCUAAAUAGCAUCCGUCGACGGUGUCUCCCAGGUGUUACUCAGGCUCUUAUUCCAGAAUUAUGUUGCCACGAUAGGAUAGUUUCUCAAUCAAAUCGCUACUACGACUGGAUAAGCGAAAUAUACUUUGAUAAAAGCACCUUCUUGCAAAGACAACAGAUGCGAUGCUGUUUCAACCUCUACAAAUACAAAUCAUCCUGCAAAUCGGAGUAUUUCAUAGGUUGCCCGCAUCAAAGCCUGACUGUCUCUGCAUCAAAAGUCAUGUAUGACGGGGAUAUGUAUGAGGUACAGACAUUGGUGACCAACGACCCGCCCCAAUGUGAAUCUCACCCAAGCAAGAUGUGGAGGAGUUCCGAAGGACCCUUCACUCAGAUGGUCGUCUGCACAAUAUGCCAUUCAAAUGCGGAGUGCACUUUAGAGAUAGAGGAGGAUAAGUAUCUUACGAUACGGUAUACUUGCUAUCGGGAUCUCGGCUCAGGAGUAUAUUCAAGAGAACCCAAAUGGCUUGCUUUGCUUACCGGCCAGGGCUACCCUCAGCGACAGGAGGGUGAUCUCAGUCUCUAUGCACGCGUCUGGAAAGCGGCUUUAGACUUGAAGCGGGAUCGUCUUUACGAAGUCACCCACCGAACGCCAAAUGGAUUGUUUAAU